AUGAACCGUAUGCCCACCAAGGAAGAGAUUCAAAGAAUCGUGCAGCGGUGGCAUCAAUUGCGCGACCAGUAUGGUGAGCAAGUUGUCAAUGUGCCGGAGUUCGCCCAGUUGAACAAAACUAUAAACAACAUAAAAAUGCAACAACAACAAUUACAACACUUGCAGCAACAGCAGCAGCAGCAGAACUCACAGCGACCCCCUGAACAUGGACAGGAACAACAACAACAACAACAACAACGGUUGUCGCGUCCUCCAUCUCAAGCACCCUACCAGCAACAGCCACAGCAACAACAACAACAACAACAACAAGGUACACCUAUUACCCUGAAUGCCGUUCCUCCAACACCCGCUCAACAGUUCCAUAAUGCGCCAAAUGGGAACAGUGCCGGGGGUCAGCUAGCUAAACAGGUUGCUUCUCCUGCAGGAGGAAACUUACAGACGAUGGCGCCGGGAACUCGCUUUUCACAGGAUGCGACUCUGCUGGUCAAUUCUAUAGGAAAUAACAUGUACCCAGCUCAGUUUGCAAACAAAACUGUGCAAAAUGGUUCCAACACUGCACAAAAUAUCAACGAUUGGCACGCCAAUCCUCUGGCACAGCUGCCACCAUCAUUGGAGUCGGCAUUCACACAUCAGCAAUUCCAACUAUUGAAAUCACAAAUGCAAGCAAUAAAAUACUUGACCAAGUCACCCAACCAAGGGCCCAUGCCUCAAAACUUGAUAAUGUUUGUCACGAACCCUGCAUCUUCAUACCCAACUGAUCCUUACUUAGUGACCUCUGCAGGGAACAACAGUGCAAUGCCUGGGAGUUUCUCACAAAACCCAUUAUCCAUACCGAAUAAUCUGACAAAUCCAGUCUCCGCAGAGGCGCACACACCAACUGAGCCCACUGAGAAGAAAAAGGGGAAGAGAGGGCCUAAGCCCAAGAAUAAAGAUCAGCCAAAGAAAUUGACAAAGAAGCAGAUCAAAGAGGAAGAACAACGUCUUGCUGCAGAAAAACAUAAAGAAGAGGUUGUCCGUCUUAAUAGUAUCAAACAGGAGCAGCCUCAAGUACUGCAGCCAAACUUAGUCGGUCCUGCUCCAACCCACCCACAAUCCCAACCUCAACCUCAACCUCAACCUCAACCUCAACCUCAACCUCAGCCACUUCAUCCAUCGCAGCAGUCUCAGCCACCAACAGGAAUACAAUCAGCUUCCCCUCACAGUAAAUUUUCAUUUGCCGACCCAUCUCCUCCAGUUUUGCUAAGUAAAAUUGUCAACGAGAAGAACAAGGACUCCAAAAUCAUUGUUCCCGUUACCAAACCCACGGUCGAGGUCGAUACAUUUGAAAGAGUUGACAUUGUCGGUGACAAGACCAACGAUGUCCCACUUAGUUUCUUUUACACUCCUCAAAGUCGAAUUCAGAUCCCUUCUUUGUUACCUAAGGGCAUAAACUUGGAGCAAAUAGCAGCCAAUCGUGAAUUGUUCAUGAUACUAGGCAUUGAAAACCAAAAGGACUUUCUACGUUCGGAACUCCAAACUUUAGGUCACGAGGAAUAUGAAAGGAGACACAAGUUGUUAACUCAAUUACACGAGUUGGAAAUAAUUCCCAUUCAAAAACAGGCUCGCGGAAAGUUGCUCAGUCAGAUGUGGUUCAGUAAAUCCUUACUUCCAAAUUCACACCCUAACUUUUUGGCGCGAUUCAAUACAUUAUCCAUGGAGAGCGUGUCUGUGACUAUGGAUUUAUACCGCCAUCAGUUGGAGACAUUGAUGCGAGAGCAGAACCGAAAGCACUCGAAAGUUUUGGACCUGGUUAUUGACUUUAGCACCAGAAACUCUGCCAAGGCCAACAGGAGAGCAGAGAAGGUGAGCAGGUUUAUUCAUAAAAUUGGCGGUUUCCACAACCUGACAGCUAAGGAAGAACAGAAGAAGCUAGAAAAAAUGGCCAAACAGCGUUUGCAAGCUUUGAAGCUGAACGACGAGGAGGCUUAUUUGAAGCUCUUGGACCAUACCAAGGAUACCAGAAUCACACACUUAUUGAGACAAACAAACCAGUUCUUGGACUCCUUAGCCCAAGCUGUUCAAAAUCAACAAAAGGAAGCAGAGGAAAACCUUGCCAACUCUGGUCGUUUACCAGAGGGCGCUGCUGAGCCUGUUGAUGAAGACGAAAAGAGGGAAAAAACUGAUUACUAUAAUGUUGCUCAUAGAAUUAAGGAGGAAGUUACAAAACAACCCACGAUUCUUGUUGGUGGUACUUUAAAAGAGUACCAGUUAAAGGGUUUACAAUGGAUGGUUUCUUUGUUUAAUAACCACUUGAACGGGAUUUUGGCAGAUGAGAUGGGAUUGGGGAAAACCAUUCAAACAAUUUCGUUGUUGACAUACUUGAUCGAGGUAAAAAAAAUAUCGGGCCCCUUCUUGGUCAUUGUCCCGCUCUCAACUGUGACAAAUUGGAACCUUGAGUUUGAAAAAUGGGCUCCAUCUGUGAGGAAGAUAACUUAUAAGGGAACGCCAAACCAAAGGAAAGCAAUGCAACACGAUAUCAAAACAGGCAAUUUUCAAAUUCUUCUCACCACAUUCGAGUACAUCAUCAAAGACAAAGGUCUUUUGGGAAGAGUCAAGUGGAUGCAUAUGAUUAUUGAUGAAGGACACCGUAUGAAAAACUCAAAUUCGAAACUUUCGGAAACGUUGACUACAAAUUACCACAGUGAUUAUCGUUUGAUUUUGACGGGGACACCAUUGCAGAAUAACUUGCCCGAGUUGUGGGCAUUGUUGAAUUUUGUAUUACCAAAGAUAUUCAAUUCAGUGAAAUCUUUUGACGAGUGGUUCAAUACACCUUUUGCAAACACUGGCGGGCAAGACAAGAUUGAGUUAAGUGAAGAAGAGACUUUGUUGGUUAUUAGAAGAUUACACAAGGUGUUGAGGCCGUUCUUGUUGAGAAGAUUGAAAAAGGAUGUCGAGAAGGAUUUGCCAAAUAAGGUUGAGAAAGUGGUCAAGUGUAAGAUGUCUGCACUUCAAUCAAAGCUUUACCAGCAAAUGUUGCGUUUCAAUGCAUUGUAUGCCGGUGACCCGGGCGAUGAUACAAUAGCCGUUCCCAUUAAAAAUGCCAAUAAUCAAAUCAUGCAAUUGAAAAAGAUUUGUAAUCAUCCAUUUGUUUAUGAAGAUGUUGAAAACUUCAUCAAUCCAACGGCCGAGAAUAAUGAUCUUAUUUGGAGGGUCGCCGGUAAAUUUGAGUUGCUAGAUAAAGUCUUGCCCAAGUUCAAAGAAACUGGACAUAAAGUAUUGAUUUUUUUCCAAAUGACCCAGGUGAUGGAUAUCAUGGAGGACUUUCUUAGACUUCGUGGGAUGAAGCACAUGAGGUUGGACGGAGGGACCAAGGCAGAUGACCGAACGGAUCUUUUAAAGUUGUUCAAUGCUCCUGACUCUGACUAUUUCUGCUUCCUUUUAUCCACGCGUGCUGGUGGUUUGGGGUUGAACUUGCAAACUGCGGAUACAGUUAUCAUUUUCGAUACGGAUUGGAAUCCACAUCAGGAUUUACAAGCACAAGAUAGAGCGCAUCGUAUUGGACAAAAGAAUGAGGUUCGAAUCUUGCGAUUGAUCACCGAAAAUUCCGUGGAGGAGAUGAUUUUGGAAAGAGCCCAUGCCAAAUUGGAGAUCGAUGGUAAAGUUAUUCAAGCAGGUAAAUUCGAUAACAAGUCCACCGCCGAGGAGCAGGAGGCAAUGUUGCGAGCAUUGAUUGAAAAAGAAGACGAGCGUCGCACUAAAGGUAUCGAUGAUGAGGAGGAAGAUUUGGACGAUGACGAGUUGAAUGAAAUAAUCGCUAGGAACGAAUCAGAACUCGUCAAGUUUAAGCAACUUGAUGAAGAAAGAUACGCCGCAACUAGAGAUGCUAGCUACCCUACAAGAUUGCUUUUUGAGCAAGAAUUACCACCUAUAUACAAGAAAGAUCCAGAGGAAGUUCUUAAGAAGGAAGACAUUUACACAGAGGAGUAUGGUCGUGGGGCGCGUGAAAGAAAGACUACGAAGUACGACGACAAUUUAACCGAGGAACAAUGGUUGAAACAGAUUGAUGGUGUUGUGUCAGGCGACGAUGAUGAUGAUGAGGAUGAUGAUGAUGCUGAUGACGACGACGAAGAUGACUUUGAUAGUGAUAGCGACGUCUACCAAAGCGGCAAGGGUUCAAAAGGCAAGACCAAAGGUAAACGAAAGAAGGGGUUUGGAAGGAAUCGUGUUGGAAUCUUGUCUGGACUUGACGCGGAUGCAGACAGUACCAAUGAAUACGAUAGCUCGAGCAAACGUUCUGCAGAGGACUCUGACAAUCUUGUUGCUCAAAAGAGGCAGAAACUUGAGACUCCCGAGCUUGUAGGGGCAUCAGGCAGUGGAAGAGGUCGUGGUAAGUCGAGAGGUACCAGGGCUCGGGGACGUGGUAGGGGCCGAGGCUCAUUGUUGUCUCGUGCAACUCCUUCUAUAGACCCAUUGUCACCAGAUGAGAGAGCAAUACUUCAGAAUAAUAUUGAAACUCUUUUGGGAUUGAUCAUGAACGUUAAGAAUGAGGAGGGAAGGGCAUUAAGUGACUUGUUUUUGGUGAAGCCAUCAAGAAGAUAUUAUCCGGAUUAUUACGUUUUGAUAAAGCAUCCAAUAGCCCUUGAUACAAUAAGAAAGAGAACUACUGGACACACAUACACUCAAUUGAGAGAAUUUUUGGAGGAUAUCCAUUUGAUGUUUGGUAAUGCAAAGAUUUAUAAUGAAGAAAGCUCGUUUGUUUAUCAAGAUGCUGCCUUCUUAGAGAAAAUGUGCAUAGACAAGCUCAAGGAGUUGCUUCCAGCUGCACAACAAGAUGAGAUGGACAAGCUUUUGAAUUUUACAGAGUUUGAUGAGAUGUUUUUAUAG